AUGAGUAGAAGAUACGACAAUAGAACUACAACAUUUUCACCUGAAGGACGAUUGUAUCAAGUCGAAUAUGCUAUGGAAGCUAUCAGCCAUGCUGGUGCUGCUCUCGGUAUUAUUGCCACCGAUGGUAUUGUAUUAGCUGCUGAAAAGAAAAUUACUUCCAAGCUUCUCGAUAAUGAAAAGAAAACAGAAAAGAUGUACAAAUUAGAUAAACAUAUUGGAUGUGCUGUUGCUGGUAUUACAGCUGAUGCCAACAUUUUGAUUAACUCUGCUCGUCUCCACGCUCAACGUUAUCAAUUCAUGUAUCAAGAACCAAUACCAGUAGAACAACUUGUAAAAACUCUCUGUGAUUCAAAGCAAAGUUACACACAAUUUGGUGGUAUGAGACCAUUUGGCGUCAGUUUCUUGUAUGCUGGUUGGGAUAAACAAUAUGGAUAUCAAUUGUAUCAUUCUGAUCCUUCAGGAAAUUAUGGUGGAUGGAAAGCUACAGCAAUCGGAGCUAAUAAUCAAGCUGCUCAAUCAAUCUUGAAACAAGAAUGGAAGGAGGAUUUGAAGAUUGGUGCUGCUAAAAAGUUGGCUGUCAAGGUCAUGACAAAGACAAUGGAUAGUACUAGUUUAUCAAGUGAAAAACUAGAGUUUAUUACUUUCACCAAAGACCAAUCUGGAGAAGUUGUUUAUACAGUCCUUCCUGAUACUGAGGUAGAUCAAUACUGAAGGAAGCUCAAGAAGAAAAGGAGAAG